AUGAGUUAUUAAAAAAUAAUAAGAUCAGAAUCAUUUUUAGAAGAAAGGAAAUAUGUUACUAUUCCAUAAACAGAAUAUGUACUAUAACUGUUGUUUAAUUAAAGACAACAAAAUUUACUAGAUUAACUAGACCAGAAACAUAUUAAUAUUGGCAUAAAACAGGAAAAUAAAAUUCUUACUCAAGCAAAGUGUUAAACACGAUUUAUUAAUUGUAAACUUAAUAAAUUUAGGAUAAUCUAUUUUAUUUGGAGGUUGUGGUUAAACUUAAUAAUAAUGUACUUCUUGUUGUCCAUAAUAAUAAAUAGUAGUAGGAUUAAUAGUAGUAUCAAGAGAUGAAAUUGAAACACCUUAAGUUCUCAAUUUAUAAUCACUCAUUACAGAAUUAGAAAAGAAGAAAUAAGUAUUAACGAGAUUGAUAAUACAAGAGUAAAUGUUAAAUUUAAAUGUAAUAGAAAAUAAGAAUGAUAAUUGAAGAAACUCAUAGUGAAGUAAUAACAUAAAGAAUUACAUAAGUAAAUAAUGGAACUGAAUUUUGGAAGAGAAAGUUUCAAGAAAUUUAUCGUGAUUAUAGUUAGACUUAAGAGAAAUUGAUGAAUGUUGAAAUUGAACUUGAAGCUUUGAAAAAGUAAAAUAUAUGUAAAUAAGAUAUUUUAGAGAUUAUAACUAAAAAUAAUACUGUAACCUAAUUAAUUGUAAAUUUUUCAGGUUCAAUUGUCAGAUAGUCGGUGUCUAGUAUUAAACUUAAUGUUUGAUUUCAUUAAAUCAUUAAUAAAAAUAUUAAAUAAAUAAGAAUGUAAACACCAGAGCCAUAGACAAUGCACUAUAAAAUCAGAAGUAGAAGUCGUGAUACUUCUAAACUAAAGUGAUUUAAGCAAUUUAAAAAGUAGAUUGAUGGCUAGAUCAACUACCGAUAGUAGUAGCAGUGGGAGUAGCAGCAGCUCUUCUUCUUCUAGUUCAUCAAGUAGCAGUAGCUCAUCAGGCAGUUCAUCAAGUAGUGGAUGCCAUUUCCAUUAUGAAAUCGGAGACAAAAUUGACAAAUAUGUGAUAACGAAAUAUUUAUGUUCGGGCACAUUCGGAAUGGUUUUGGAAGUGAUUGACGAACAGGGAAUACCAUAUGCUGUGAAAGUUAUUAGAUUAAUAUUCAGAUCUUGAGCGAAACUGAUCAUA